AUGUCGUCAUACGCUCUUUAUCGAGGAACAACACUGGGACAAGCGCUGGACCAGACGCUAAACGACAUGGAAGCCGAUGGUCUUCUUCCAAAGUCGCUUGUAUCGAAAGUGUUGAUGCAAUUCGACAAAAGUAUGAACAAACAGAUUUCGAGACUUCCCAAAGAGAAGAUGAACUUCUGUGCCACACAACUUCUCACUUACCGUUAUUGCGAUAAUGUCUGGACAUUUAUUCUCAACAAUGUCAAUUUGAAGGACCCACAAAGAUCAUUUGAUGAGCCAAUCGAGAAACUCAAAAUUGUUGCUUGCGACGGUCGACAAACCAGUCUGCUCCAGACACUCGGGCAAGGACCAUCGAAACGAGUCGCGCGAGCUGCCGGGGACGAUGAGGACGAUGACAGCGAUUAG